AUAAAAAUGUGCUUUUCGGUCUUAGUUUAAAGGUUAGGGUCAGGUUUAAGAUCAGAUUUGAAGAAGACACAUUUUAGAAAUAGGCGGGGUUUAUGACUUUGUGACUGUGGUAACUAGUGAUUACCAGGAAGACGCUGACGGAGGAUUUCGAAAAUGGCGACAUCUUUAGGAGCUAACACUUACAAUAGACAAAAUUGGGAAGACGCGGAUUUUCCCAUUCUCUGCCAGACAUGUCUUGGAGAGAAUCCUUAUAUUCGAAUGACCAAGGAGAAGUAUGGCAAGGAGUGCAAGAUAUGUGCCAGACCCUUCACCGUGUUCCGAUGGUGUCCUGGGACCCGUAUGCGCUUCAAGAAGACAGAGGCCUGCCAGACAUGCAGUAAGAUAAAGAAUGUCUGUCAGACCUGCCUGCUGGAUCUAGAGUAUGGCUUGCCAAUACAGGUCCGAGACACUGGGCUGUCAAUCAAGGACGACGUGCCGAAAUCAGAUGUGAACAAGGAAUACUACACUCAGAACAUGGAAAGAGAGAUAGGGAACUCUGAUGGUACACGGCCUGUGGGUCUCCUGGGUAAGGCCCCCAGCUCUAGUGAUAUGCUGCUGAAGCUAGCCCGCACCACGCCUUACUACAAGAGGAACAGACCACACAUCUGCUCCUUCUGGGUGAAGGGAGAAUGUAAGAGAGGAGAGGAGUGUCCUUACAGGCACGAGAAGCCAACUGAUCCAGAUGAUCCCCUGGCAGACCAGAACAUUAAGGACCGUUACUAUGGUAUCAACGACCCUGUGGCUGACAAACUGCUGAAGAGAGCCUCCACCAUGCCGAGACUGGACACUCCAGAGGACAAGUCCAUCACUACGCUGUACGUGGGGGGGCUCGGAGACUCCAUCACAGACUUGGAGCUCAGGAACCAUUUCUACCAGUUCGGGGAGAUCCGGACCACCACCAUCGUUCAGAGGCAGCAGUGUGCCUUCAUCCAGUUUGCCACCCGCCAGGCUGCAGAGUUGGCUGCUGAGAAGUCCUUCAACAAGCUCAUUAUAAACGGUCGUAGGCUCAACGUCAAGUGGGGCAGGUCCCAGGGAGAGGGGGGAAGGAGGGAAGGGAGAGGGGGGAAAGAAGGACGGGGAGGAGGGCUGACUGAGAUGGGGCUGAAGCUGGAGCCGGUUCCUGGUCUACCUGGAGCGCUACCUCCACCGCCUGUGGACGAAGACACCCCUACCAACUACUUCAACCUGGGCCCCAACUCAGCCCCUCCUGUCAUGAACAUCAGCCUACCCCCACCCCCCGGCGUGGCUAUGCCCCCUCCUCCAGGCUUUGGGCCACCCAUGUUCCACUCCAUGGACCCCAUGGGGAUGCCCCCUCCCAUGGGCAUGAGGCCCCCUGUCCAUGUCCACUACCCGUCCCAGGAUCCACAGCGCAUGGGUGCACACGCCAGCCAUAGCGGAGGCUCCUAGACCCUCGUACCUCACUGUUUAUAGUGAUUUAUUUUUUAUUUUAUUUUAUUAUUACAUUUUGAUUAACAUCGUGAUAGUUUUACCAAUUUCACCCUAUUAAAAACCCAGACACAGUGACUGUAGGCACAGUUCACAGAUGUGAGAUGCUUAUUUUAUAUAAGCGUAAUAGAGAAGAACCUCUGUUUGUCCACCAGCAAGGUCUUGCUCGUUAGGAAACGGGAGUGCUGAACAGUAUGAUUCGUUAUACCUUCCUCCAUCGAACCUACAGGUAACUGCCAAAAUAAAGGGAACCCCAACAUAACGUGUCUUAAUAGGGCGUUGGGCCACCACGAGCCAG